UUGCUUUGUCACUUGCUCGCGGUUGUUCGCGCCGUCGUCGUCGUCGUUGCUGUCCGUUCGUCGCUUGUGUGAUUUUCUCACCCGUGCACGGGGAAAAUUGUAGUGUGCGGUUGAAGGUGUGUCGAGAUUUUUUUGACAGCGCGCUCGUGUCUCGGCAGUGUGCGGAGUAAAGUUUAAUUGCACGUUUAAUUAUUAUUUCGGUUUAAAAACGCCGCGUGUGAUUAGUGUGCCGUGUGCAUUUUUGCUGCUGUUUUCUCAACCGCAUGAGAUUCGGUGUGUGAUCGGUGUUUUCAUCCGUUAACCGGCGGUUUUGAUGCGGUCGGUGCAACUGGUGUGAGAGUGGUCCUGAGGUGCGUCAAGAAGCGUCGAAGUGCGUUUGAACGAAGAACGAGAACAAAAUUGGGAAUGAAAGAAAAUGAUCGUCGGCGAUAAACAACUGCGGGAGUGUAAUUGUAACAAUGAUGAGUGAAUGAGUGUGGCUCAUAAUAUUUGCCCUAUGGAGAUGCAGCUUUAAGCAAAGGUGGAGAGUCGUGCCUGAGAACAACAUAUAAACCCUUGCCGACGCAAGAUCAGCCCUGCAAAACAGGGAAUUAAAUAAAAUUGAAGAUCGAUUGAGCGAUCGCCGGUGUACCAGAUAAAAGCCGUCAGGACACCUCGCUCCUUGGCAGUGUGAAAAGUGUAAAAAAGGUGUGGUGUGCUUGAUCGUAAACCAAAAAAAAAAACCCGAAACAAACGUAAAGGAGAAUAAGAGAUCCCGAGAGGUCACAAGGCAUCUUCAAACAGAUCCCAAGAGUUGGGCGACGUGUGCCGGUGGAAAACCAAUUCCAAGUGUGAGCUGAUGCUGGGCAGAACCAGUGUGUGUUGCACCGUCAAGUGAGUCGUCCCCUCCAGGAAUUCGUUUGUCCUGGAAGCGGUGGAGAAAAAGUGGGCGAGAGAGUGAAUCUUUGUGGUGGUGUCCUUUUGAAUAGUUUCUCAAAGUGUGCUAAUUUCGGAAGGAGUUUUCCCUGAGUUUGUUUGUUUUGUGUAUGUGUGUGACGGGGUCUGUGCUCCGUGGUGUACCGUGAAGAAAGAAAAGCAAGCCUGUGAUCAAACCAGCUUAGGCCCCGUAAAAAAAGUAGUGACUCCUCUGGCUGGGCGCUGGGAGUUGCGGAAAACCGAGGCAAUCAAAUUGUUGAAAGAAAAAGCCAGUGUUUGUGUGCGUGUGUGUGAGACUAGCAGCGACAAGGAGCCUUUUAAUUUCGGUGUUGUAGAGGUGUGUGUUGUCGCUUCCGGUUCGUCGGACGCGGCAAGAUAGAGAGUGCGAUAGGUGACCACGCUUACAACAACGGCCUUACAAUUCAUUUCGAUAAAGUGGCCUCGAUCGGCGCCAACACGCUCAACUUUACGGACCUGGGGAGCCCUUACGAGGGCCCCCCGAGCACACCCCAGUCCGGCAUGGAUGCGCCGGAUGCGCCGCACACGCCGAAGUACAUCGACGGCGGUGCGACGGCAACCGCGCCCGGCAAAUCGGCGUUCGUCGAGCUCCAGCAGCAUGGGUACGGUGGCAUCCGGAGCGGUUAUCAGCAUUUCAGUGCACAGGGUGGGCAGGAUUCGGGCUUUCCGAGUCCACGCGGUGCCCUCGGCUAUCCGUUUCCACCGAUGCACCAGAACUCGUACUCUGGCUAUCAUUUAGGCAGUUACGCACCACCCUGCGCUAGUCCACCAAAAGAUGGUUUUUCCCCGUAUCCGCCACCACCACCCUCACCGACGACCGCGCUGCACGUGAACGCGUCCGCGCCGAACGCCGACGGUGACGCGCAUUUCCUGCUAGAUAAAUUAGAAGACACCGGUCUGCGGGUAAACGGCAAGGGCAAGAAGAUGCGAAAACCGCGCACCAUCUACAGCUCCCUGCAGCUACAGCAGCUCAACCGAAGAUUUCAGCGAACACAGUACCUAGCGCUACCGGAGCGGGCCGAGCUCGCCGCCAGCCUCGGGCUGACGCAGACACAGGUUAAGAUCUGGUUUCAAAAUCGGCGAUCCAAGUACAAGAAGAUGAUGAAAGCGGCGCAGGCACCGGGCGUUGGAGGAGGACUUCCAUUGGGUGGACCGAACCAGGGAGGCCACAGUCCGUCACAGCAUCAGAACAUGCAUCAAGCACCCGGUGGCGGAUCGAGCAGUGGUUCGCCUUCGCAUUUCCUACCUCCCGGCCACAGUCCAACGCCGUCUAGCACCCCCGUCUCGGAACUAUCACCUGGCCGCAUUCCAGGUCUUAGUCCGCCCUCGCAAGCACCCUGGGAGCAGAAACCGCCACCGCACUGGGCAGACCACAAACCGCCGCAGAUGGCACCGCAGACGAAUCACGCACCUCCGCAACCGACCCACGCACCGCAGAUGGGUGGCUACGUACCUCAGUACUGGUAUCAGCCGGAAACGAACCCGUCGCUGUUAACAGUGUGGCCCGCGGUUUAACAUAACGAGAAUGUAAAUUAUAAUUUUAACCAUCCCUAGUGCUUAAGCGACAACGGUAAGAACAUAACUCUCCUAGAUAAGGUUGGGGUUGGGCGAUAGAUAGGUGUGCGAACGGACCUAUUAUACUGCCGGCAUUGAACAAACCCUUACUAUAGAACAAUGAAAACCGAGGAAAAAAAAGUAAGCAAAUCAGAGCAGGAAACAAUUAAAACAUAAAUACAUUUAAAUUAAAAAUCCCGAGCAAGUAGAAGAAGGAAACAAGUGAAUCGCAUCCUAAGUUUUAAUCCUUGGCACCGUGAUCCGUUAAUUUUAUAUGACCUGUUUUAGGGAGGCGAAAAUCUAGCUGCUAGCACGAUUUUCUCCUCUUUUUUUUCGUGUAGUAAUAUACUUGUUGCAAAGUGGCCGGUCCAGGACACAUUUCACAACGGACUCGGCCUAAAAACUAAAACACAACACAAAACGUAAAGGGGUUCUGUAUAUUUUGCGGUUUCUGUUCCGUUCCGAUGUAACUGUUACUUUUAAUUAGCAAAGAAUUCGCGACGAAUGCUUUUAGCCCAGUGUGUGUGUGUGCGAGUGUGUGUGUGAGUGAGUGAUUUGUUUUUAAUUUGCCAACUAAACCGGGAUCAAGCUCACCAGCAUCACACGGUACAAUCGGAACAGGUUCUGUGCAAUAUUUCUUAAAGCGUGUUACAAACAAAAUGCCACGUAUCCUUUAGUAAUGUACGUGGGUCCUGGAGCUUGAACCCGCUUGAUCGGGUUUGAUAAAGUAGUGUUAAAAGUUGAUCGGUUCGGGCUGUCUGUCUUUUAAAAUUAUUACAUAAAAAAAGCAUGGAAGAGUGUCUGUUACUUAAGAUCUGUCUAGAGUUUUUUUUGGGGCUAAUUGAUGCAAGAAAAUCGAUCCUCAAGACUUUUGGCAACCAAGCAAGCUGACCACGGGAUACCGCCAUUUUGAACCUACUUAGAACAGUGAUCAGUCGCUAUUUCAACUAGCAACACCCCCCCGAAAAAACCACCACCAAGUUCAAUAUUGCUGUAAGCAUUUUAAUGUAGAGCGAAGCUUGCCAAUGAGAAAAAAGGAGGGAUAAAAAAAGCCUAAUUUGCCACAGAUCGUGCCCUGUAGACACGCGAUCUCACACCGGAAUGCCCGAAUCGAUGGCGUUUGGUUCGUGCUGGAGCCGUGGAAGAAAACGAACUUUCAACACUCGAGCUAAGCCUCUCAGUUUUGCGGCAGCGGAAUGGUAAUUUUAUUCUGCUCGCCAAAAACGCCGUCCGGGCAAUUGCCACACACGGAUAGAGUUGGGGAGUUCGUUUUCGUAAAACGCAAAACCAAAACCCGCCAAAACCCGAGAGACAAGCUUUUAUUUCACCACACGCACACACACACACAUACACACAUCGCCAGACAAACAGAUAGACAGACGAACAAAGAGAGAAAAGCUACGAAACAUGAUCGGGAAAGCUUGUGAAGUGAGAGCACAGGUGACGCUGCUGUGUCUCUGUUUUUUGUUUGUUUUAGGUUUUUGGAUAGUUUUUUUUUAGUAAGCCAAUUUUUGUACAUAGCAGAUUUAAACGCAUGUCCCUGCCAGUGGGAUAGGGGGACACGUAUACCUAUACAUAAUGCUAAACAAACACACACACACACACAACUAUAAGUAAAGCAACUUAUUGACUAACAUUUGGAGCGAUCGUGGAAAAGGCCGUUAGCAUAGAAGGACACGGUAGGGCGCCCGGAAGCGUGAAACAUGAAAGUAUUUAAUUGAAAAUGAAACAUUUUAAAACAACAAACACACGGACACACCCGAAACUAAAACUUGAUGGCGUAACAUGUAAGGUAGUGAUAUAGCGUCGUACUGUACUGCGGCAGUAGAAGCGGUGAAAUAAAGUGGAAAAGAAAACCAUUACAAAAGUAAAACGGCAGACUGUGUGCGUUUGUUCAAUGAUGAGAGAAACAAGAAUAGAAAAUGAAAAUAAAAGCAAAAAUAAAAGUCAUAAAAUCAA